AUGCCCACCGGGUCGUGCCAGCGGUGCCGCCAGCCCUUGUCCUUCCCCGCCUCGUCCUCAUCACCGGGUGCGCCCUCGACGACCCGCAGCCAGCCAGGAGCGCACGAGUCGAUCGCAGCACUCUCGCCCUCGACCUACGACCUCCUCUCGGCAUCCGACCGCUUCCCGCCAGCCUCGUCUCCCCACCCUCCUCCCUCGUCGGCACCGCCUCCUCCUCGCACCCCUCACUCUCGCACCAGGGUCCCGCCGAGCCUCGAACCCCUGUACGGCGUCGCCACCAGGCACCCUGUGCAGCGCGCCAACCCGCUCCACCCGCAACCCCAACGCCUCGCCGUCCCCUCGUCGUCCACCUCCGCCUCGACCAGCGCACCUCCUCCUCCGCUCCCGCGCGGUCUCGGCCCGGCAGAGUCGUUCGUCGUCCUCACCGACUCGGUCCUGCGCCCGUCCAACCCGCUCAACGUCCCGUCGUCGCACUCGGCCGCCUCGCACGCCGGCGGCCCGACCGCCACCUCCUCGUCAACCUCGACCUCAACCACCGGCGCCUCGCUCCUCCUCACGCCGCACCUGUCCCAGCUCUCGCACCUCUACUCGCUCCUGUCGGCCACCUCGUCGGUCGACCACCCGCUGUGCACCGAGUGCGUCGAGGUCCUCCUCGCCCUCCUCGCCGCCCACCUCGACGACCUCAAGAAGGAGCGCGACCGCCUCGUCGGCUUCGACAAGGACGUCCAGCGUCGCCGGGACGACGCCGUCAAGCAGGCGGGCGGCAAGGACAUCGACCUGCGGGACCAGCUCGAGCGCGACAUCGCCAAGCUACGCAAGGCCGAGUCGCACGCCAUCGCCGAGCUCAAGGCGGUCGAGCAGCGCAAGGCCGACCUCGCGCACGAGCGCGCCCAGCUCGACGCCGAGGAGUCCCAGCUCGCGCAGGACGAGGCCGACUUCUGGCGCGCCCACUCGCAGUACGUCGUAGAGCGCGACGCCCUGCACGACCGCGCGAGCGCGCUCGAGACGCGGCUCGCGACGGGCACGAGGGAGCUCGACAAGCUGCAGCGCACCAACGUCUACAACGACGCGUUCUGCAUCGGCCAGGAGGCUGGGUUCGGCACGAUCAACGGCUUGCGGCUCGGGCGUCUUCCUGGCAUCUCGGUCGAGUGGCCCGAGAUCAACGCCGCGUGGGGCCACACGCUCCUCCUCCUGUACACGAUGGCGCGCAAGUUUGGCCACCCGGACUUUGACGGCUACCGCCUCGUGCCGUGCGGGAGCUUCUCGUGCAUCGAGCGGCUCGGCGAGAAGGGCGAGGUGGUGCAGGUGCUCGAGCUGUACGGCUCGGGCGACUUUGCCGUGACGCGCCUGCUCCAGAACCGCCGGUUCGACCACGCCAUGGUCGCCUUCCUCGAGUGCCUGCGCCAGCUCAGCGACUGGGUCUGCGCGAGGGACCGCCGGGUCCGCCUGCCGCAUGCCGUCGUAAAGGACCGCAUCGGCGACGUGUCGAUCAAGCUCCAGUUCGGCAGCGACGAGGCAUGGACGAGGGCUUUGCGGCAUGUCCUCCUCGAUCUCAAGAUCCUGCUCGGUCGGGCGUCCCUCUGAGCCCUCGCCCACCGUUCCUCCCUCCCUCUUGUUUCCUCUGCAUCCUUGUUGUCGUACUCG